AUGUCGGCCUCCCCGCCCUUCACGGUGGCCUUCUUCUCCUUCUUGCUCCUGCUGCUUCGGUUGCUGGCGCCCGCCAUUGCCGACGCCGGCGAGGCGGCGGCGCUGCUCGCCUUCAGGCGCGCGUCCGUGGUGGACGACCCGCGCGGCGCUCUCACCAACUGGGCCUCCGGUGCCGCCGGCAACUCCACCGCGCCCUGCUCGUGGGCCGGCGUCACGUGCGCGCCGCCGCUCGACGGCCGGGUCGUCGCCCUCAACCUCAGCGGCAUGGACCUCGCCGGCGACCUUCGGCUCGGUGCGCUCCUUGCCCUCCCGGCGCUGCAGCGUCUCGAUUUGCGCCGCAAUGCCUUCUACGGCAACCUCUCGCACGCGCCGCCGUCAUCGUCGUCGUGCGCGCUCGUGGAGGUGGACAUAUCCUCGAACGCCUUCAACGGGACGCUGCCCCCGGCGUUCCUGUCGUCCUGCGGCGCGCUGCGGUUCCUGAACCUGUCGAGGAACGCCCUCGCCGGCGGUGGGUUCCCGUUUCCGUCGUCGCUGCGGUCGCUCGACCUGUCGCGUAACCACCUGGAGGACGCCGGCCUGCUCAACUACUCCUUCGCCGGCUGCCAUGGCCUGCGCUACCUCAACCUCUCGGCCAACCUCUUCACGGGCCGGCUGCCGGAGCUGGCGUCCUGCAGCGUGGUCACCACGCUCGACGUGUCGUGGAACCAGAUCUCAGGCGCGCUCCCCGCCGAGUUCAUGGCGACCGCGCCGGCCAACUUGACGUACCUGAGCAUUGCCCGAAACAACCUAACCGGUGAUGUCUCUGGGUACAACUUCGGCGUGUGCGGCAACCUGACGGUGCUUGAUUGGUCCAACAAUGUCCUAAGCAGCACCGGAUUGCCGCCGAGUCUCGCCAACUGCCGGCGCCUUGAGUCUCUCGACAUGUCAGGGAACAAGCUUCUCUCCGGCUCAAUACCGACCUUCUUCACCGAACUCCCUUCUCUGAAGAGACUGGCAUUGGCCGGCAACGAGUUCGCCGGCCCGAUACCGGAGGAGCUGAGCCAGCUGUGCGGCAGAAUCGUCGAUCUGGACCUGUCGAGCAACCGGCUGGUCGGUGGCUUGCCGGCGAGCUUUGCAAAGUGCAGCUCCCUCGAGGUGCUCGACCUCAGAGCGAACCAGCUCUCUGGAGACUUUGUGGCCAGCGUCGUCAGCACCAUCUCCUCGCUCCGCGUGCUGCGGCUUGCAUUCAACAACAUCACCGGCGCGAACCCGCUGCCGGCGCUCGCGGCGGGGUGCCCAUUGCUGGAGGAGAUCGACCUCGGGUCCAACGAGCUCGACGGAGAACUCAUGCCGGACCUGUGCUCAUCACUGCCUUCUCUGAAGAAGCUGUUCCUCCCAAACAACUACCUCAACGGCACUGUGCCGACGUCGCUCGGCAACUGCGCUAACCUGGAGUCCAUUGAUCUGAGCUUCAAUUUCCUGGUUGGUCAGAUCCCGCCAGAAGUAAUCACUCUGCCGAAGCUGGUCGAUCUGGUCAUGUGGGCGAAUGGCCUGUCCGGCGCGAUACCGGACAUCCUAUGUUCCAAUGGCACCGCGCUGGCGACACUGGUGAUAAGCUACAACAACUUCACCGGAGGCAUCCCGCCGUCCAUCACAAGCUGCGUGAACCUCAUCUGGGUGUCGCUGUCGGCCAACCGUCUCACCGGGGGCGUGCCGCCGGGCUUCUCCAAGCUCCAGAAGCUGGCCAUCCUGCAGCUCAACAAGAACCAGCUCUCCGGGCGCGUGCCGGCGGAGCUCGGCAGGUGCAACAACCUCAUAUGGCUGGACCUCAACAGCAACGGCUUCACCGGCACGAUACCCUCGGAGCUGGCAGCCCAGGCGGGGCUCGUUCCGGAGGGGAUCGUGUCAGGGAAGGAGUUCGUCUUCCUCCGCAACGAGGCCGGCAACAUCUGCCCCGGCGCCGGACUGCUCUUCGAGUUCUUUGGCAUCCGGCCAGAGCGCUUGACCGGGUUCACCCCCGCGGUGCGCAUGUGCCCAGUCACCAGGAUUUACACGGGCACCACGGUAUACACAUUCAGCAGCAAUGGCAGUAUGAUCUUCCUCGACCUCUCGUACAACGGCCUCACCGGCGAGAUACCGGACAGCCUCGGGAGCAUGGCGUACCUCGUCGUCCUCAACUUGGGGCACAAUGAGCUCAGCGGCAAGAUACCGGAGGCAUUUUCAGGGCUGGAACUGAUGGGCGCCAUGGACCUGUCAAACAAUCACCUCGUUGGCGGCAUACCCUCAGGUUUUGGUAGCCUGCAUUUCCUCGUUGACUUCGACGUCUCCAACAACAACCUCACCGGUCCGAUCCCUUCCUCCGGCCAGCUCACCACCUUCCAGCCGGCCCGGUACGGGAACAACUCUGGUCUCUGUGGCAUUCCUCUGCCGCCAUGCGGGCACAGUGCGGGAGGGGGGAGCGGAGGAGGAGGUUCACAUGAUGGGAGGAGGAAGGUGAUCGGGGCGAGCAUACUCGUCGGAGUGGCGCUCUCGGUGCUCAUUCUCCUCCUGCUCUUGGUCACGCUCUGCAAGCUCUGGAAGAGCCAGAAGACCGAGGAGAUCAGAACCGGGUACAUCGAGAGCCUCCCGACGUCCGGCGCCACGAGCUGGAAGCUGUCCGGCGUCGAGGAGCCACUGAGCAUCAACGUGGCAACAUUCGAGAAGCCGCUGAGGAAGCUCACCUUCGCGCACCUCCUCGAGGCCACCAAUGGCUUCAGCGCCGAGACCCUCGUGGGCUCGGGGGGUUUUGGCGAGGUUUACAAGGCCAGGCUCAAGGACGGCAGCGUCGUGGCCAUCAAGAAGCUCAUCCAUUACACGGGCCAGGGCGACAGGGAGUUCACGGCGGAGAUGGAGACCAUCGGCAAGAUCAAGCACCGCAACCUCGUCCCGUUGCUCGGGUACUGCAAGGUCGGCGACGAGCGGCUCCUCGUGUACGAGUACAUGAAGCACGGCAGCUUGGACGUGGUGCUCCAUGAAAACGACGACAAGGCCAUGGUGAAGCUCGACUGGGCGGCGAGGAAGAAGAUCGCCAUCGGGUCGGCGAGGGGCCUGGCCUUCCUCCAUCACAGCUGCAUCCCCCACAUCAUCCACCGGGACAUGAAGUCGAGCAACGUGCUCCUGGACAACAACCUCGACGCCCGGGUGUCGGACUUCGGGAUGGCGAGGCUGAUGAACGCGCUGGACACGCAUCUGAGCGUGAGCACGCUGGCGGGCACGCCCGGGUACGUCCCGCCGGAGUACUACCAGAGCUUCCGGUGCACCACCAAAGGCGACGUCUACAGCUAUGGCGUCGUGCUCCUGGAGCUCCUCACCGGGAAGAAGCCGAUCGACCCGACCGAGUUCGGCGACAACAACCUGGUCGGCUGGGUGAAGCAGAUGCUCAAGGACAACAAGGGCGGCGAGAUCUUCGACCCGACGCUGACCGACACCAAGUCCGGGGAGGCCGAGCUCGAUCAGUACCUGAAGAUCGCUUCCGAGUGCCUGGAUGACCGGCCGGCCAGAAGGCCUACCAUGAUCCAGGUCAUGGCAAUGUUCAAGGAGCUGCAGCUUGACUCCGACAGCGACUUCCUCGACGGCUUCUCGAUCAACUCCUCAACCAUAGAUGAAUCGGCAGAGAAAUCAUCGUUGUAA